AUGCGAAUUUGUCCCCUCUCAGCAUGGCUUACGCUGGUCGUCGCCACGUUUCUGGUGGUGGGAUCAGCUCACACACACCGCUCUGCUCGUAAUCCAUCGCAAGAGAAUGAGCAAGAUAGUGAAUUGUUCGGCCUCAACUCAAGCUUGUCCGACGCUGGGAUCGCAGCUCAAGCUGAUGGUGUUAUGAUCGAGCCACUUACGGCCCGAAUGCAACCAAAGACGGUCGAGAUUGCCCAACCGAUCCAGGUCCGAGGAAGGAGAGGCCUCCAGGGCAACUUCAUCGGAGGGAGCAUCAUCAAGAGGAGUCUCGGCUAUGAUGAGGCCAUUAGUAUGAAGCCCCAGGAAUACUUCCAAGUGACUUAUGCCAAGCUCGAUUGGGCAGACAAUGAACCCGCCAUUCGCCUUUAUAUCAAUCUUUGGGGCUCAUUCGCCAAUUCUUUCAGAUUCGAAUACGUGGAGGAACCCACCGUUUUCGAUUUCCGAGUCACAUGUGAGCGGAGUCCUAUCUUCGACAUCCAGCAAUACAUCAAAGAAAGGGACAUUCGCAAAGUAAAAAUUAUUGGUACUUCACACACUAACGAUCUGGAAAGCGCCCUGAAAGGUGUCAAGAAGGACGAGGAGAGAGUCAUUCAAGUACCAGACCAAGUCCUCGGAGCAUUCUCAAAAAAAGACGGGCUGUUCAAGCUUCUUACGAAGCUACACAUACGCAUGAUAAUGUCGGAAGAGUCCCUCUAUCUAUGGAUCAGACAGAAAGUUGGGGCAGAGAAAGGCGAAAAGCUGGAGGCCAAACUUGAGAAGGUCAAUGAGUUCUCAAAAGAAGGACAGAGUAUUCGAGCUACUCCUCUCAACAUCGUUCAGGAACUGGUCAGGAAGACCCCUAAAGCUAGGUGA